AAUGUUUACUUCGCUAAAGAACAAAAUACGCGAAGAAACUGGCAACGAUGUAGCACCACUGUCCGUAUCCCGAACGCGCCGCAGCCGACCAGAAUCACUCACCAGUGCCAGCUCGAUCGACGAGCUAAGCGUACUGGAGCAGAAGGAUGCCGAGCUGAACGCCACCCGGCUCGAGCUGCAGGAGCUUGCCGGCCAUUUGACCAACUUUCGAGAGCAGGCACGCUCACUGGAGGAGGAAACCGCUCGCCUGAAGCAAACGAAUAGCGCCCUCGAGGCUAAGCUGCAAGCCUGUCAGCUGCAGCGUGACCUCCAGCGUGAAGAACAGGAUAAGAUACAGAACUGCCAGCAGCAGGAAAUAUCUAAGCUGAAGAGUAUGCUACUAUUUCGCGAACAGGAAGCAAUCGACCGGAUAGCACAUCAGAAGAAUGCGGAACAGCAAGCCGAAAGUCUUCGGCAGGAGGUGAACCGUAUGCGGGAGCUCGAACCAAUGCUGGAAAACACUCAGGAUGAGCUGGAAAAUCUGCGCCAUUCGUCGCAGUGCGAGCGAAAUAGUUUGCUGUCCAAGCUGGCCGCGGUCGAGGAAGCAAACCGGCACCUGAAAAGUCGCGUCCAGGUGCUGGAUACGCGCGUUUCGCUCGGCACCAACAGUGGCAGCACGGAUGAGAAGGUGCAAAGUUUGCUGCAGGAACGGGAUAUGCUCGAGCAACGGUUAGAAGCGGCCCAUCUGCAUUUGUCUGACAUAAAAACGCGUUGGAGCGCACAGAACAUGACGCUCGAAACGCAGGUCAGUCGGUUGUCACGCCAGGUCGCGGAGGAAACCACCGAAAAGCAUAAUGCGCUGAAGGUAAAGGAUGAGCUGAUCGAGAAGCUGAAGCAGCUAGAGUUCGAGUUUGAGAAGCUACGGUCGGAAAUAACACAACGUGACAAUAAGAUCAAGCUUAUGAAUGAAGAAAUCGAUGAAUUACAUUCUGCCCUGCGAGAGGCACGUGAGCAGCAUGAGGAGGAGGUCACGUUCAUGAGCAGCAAAGUAGAACAACUGCAAACCGAAUGUACCGACCUGCGUUCGAACCUCACUGAAUCAGAACAGCGACUACUGGAGUGCUUGGAGAGUGCUGACCGUUCUACCGGUGCCUAUCAGGGUCAGGUAGCUGAGCUGGAGAGCACCGCACGGGAACUUAAUCGUCAACUGGCUAGCGAAACUCAAGAGAAAAUGGCUGUCCUGAUGAAGAACGCAGAAAUGUCGCAGCAGGAGGAAAUUUUACGUCAAGAACUACGACAUGAGAAAGAUGAAUCUAUCGAGCUUCAUGAACGUGCUAUGAUGCUGCAGCAUGAACUAGAUAAACGCCUAAACACGGUCAAUGAGCUAAGAAAGCAGGUGGACGAACUGAUGACCACGAAUCUCAACCUAAACGCUGAUCUUGUGGACAAAAAUAAGGUUCGUUUAAGCGUCAAUAAAUGGCUAAACCCACUCUGUCUGACCAUGUAUUUUUCGCAGAUUAUAAAAACUUUAAAUCAACGCCUCGUGGACAUGAAGAAAACGCUUCAGGAGGAGCUUAAAGGUCAACAUAAUUGCAACAACAAUAAUAACAUCAAUUACAUUGGCGGUAAUCAACAACCACCAACCCACGAUCGGUCGCUGGAACGAUCGAAAAGCUUCGAGGGAAAAAUGAUAGUAGCGAAAGAGAAUGGAAUCCUGAAACAGAACGGAUCGACGAGCAGCGGACCCGUAGUAAUGGAUGAAGUGAACUUUCGCUAUCUGAAGCAUGUGAUAAUCAAAUUUCUUACUAGUCGAGAGGUUGAAGCACGACACUUGAUAAAAGCCGUCUCAACACUGCUGCAGCUUAGCUACGAGGAGGAGAAACUGCUGCAGGACACGCUUAACUGGAAGAUGAGCUGGUUCGGUGGCAGCCGACCGGGACAGGUAACGAUGUCUACCAGCUAAAGAUCUG